UGCGGUUCAGGCAGCUUGUGGUUGCGAAGCUGUGGCUCGAGUGCCAAGACACGCCCAAGCUCCCUCCCAAACCAUUCAGCGCGGUCAUCGCAGAGCUCUCCGCAGAGAACAACUGCACGCAAGAUGCUCGGAAUCAACUACGAAAGCAGCGACGAGGAAGACGCGGUUCCAGUGGCGAAGCCUGAGGUGAGGCGCGCAAAUGUGUUCCAAGGGGCUAUGAUAGCUACUAAUAUCGAGAUGACCAACAUUCCCAAAGCAGCUGCGACCACGCAAAAACCCUCACCUAACCAACCUCUGCCCAAAGAAUCCCAGACACUCGCGGGACCAGUAAAUGGGCCGUCUCAGGGCCCGGCCGCGCAGUCGUCCCCGGCCGACAAUGCGCCCACCAGCGAUGUCACGCCAGGCUCACCGUAUACAACAAAUCGAGCCAUGAUUCAGAACCUUACCCUUCCAACCGCGCCCAACUUUGAUAUACCGCCGUCUCCACCUGGAUCACCACCACAACAGGCUACAAAGAAGUUUGCGCAGUUCCUCGAGCUGAAAAAGAAAGGGCAGCACUUCAACCAGCGACUGCAGAGCUCGUCUGUGUUGCGGGAUCCAGGCCACUUGCGCAAGUUGAUGGACUUUGCAGGUAUCAGCGAAGAGGAUCAAUACGCGUCCACACUACCAGAGGAAGUCGCGGUGCCGACCGUGUUUCCAGAGUGGGCGUAUGCAGAGGAACUGAAAGCUUCACAGAGGCAGAUCUUCAAGGCGAGGGAACAGCAGAAGUCGAAAGCGCCGAGGGCAUCGGUUGACUUUGUUGGGGCGACAAAGUCCGGCUCGUCGAGUGGGACAGGUAUGCCCGCGGGAAAGGCGCUGCGACAGAGUGCUGCUGAGAGAGUGAUGGAGGGUACGGACGGGGACCAGUCUACUCGAUCUUCUGCACAGAGUGCUGGUAAGCGGAAGGAGCUGGAGCACAGGGGAAAGGAUGAUGCGACUUCAAGGAGCAGAUGGAAAAGCAGAUCGAGAUCACCGAAGAGGAGGCGAUCUCAGUCGAGAGACAGGAAAAGAUGACGAUGAUGGCGUGUAAGAUAGACUGGACAUUUCACAAUGGAGGAUAGAUGGGCAAAGAUCAGAUGCCUCGCAAACCUCGCCUGGCACCUUUGAAGAAACUCAGUAGACGGAGUUUGAGAAUGCAGGUGCGUACGUGUUGUCGCGACUGAUCCUACCGAUUUCUGACCGAAUGACUUUACGUGCCUAUCUGCCUAGUUUGUCAGCUCCUCAACACAAUGUGUUGAGCACGAAGUCUGGGCCUAGCUUCCGUGAAUUUGCCCGUCCUGUCUGUGUCUGUGUGGUGUCAAAGGCUGUGAAGAAUGGAGCAUGGAUGGAUAUAUCACUCGAUUUCAAUAUUUUCAACAAGUCAAUACCCACAGUCACUCCACUCUGAGGCUUUUGCAAUGC